CUCCGAACUUCAUCCCGGCAAUCCUCUUGCUGCUCUGCUCCUCCACCAGGAACACCCACCACCACCACCUCGUUCCCCUGCCUCAUCUGCCAUCCAUUGGGGCUUGCAGAGGGCCCUUUCUGGGGGUAGAGCACAACAAGUCGUCGCCAUGAGCGUCUCACGGUCGGCACGAUGUCUGUUCUGCAGCUUUUCUCGAACUGUCAAUACCGGCGCUCGCGUGCCUCGACGACAGUUCUCUGUAUCAGCUGCACAGUUUGACCGGAAGCCAAAGUACCCGAAUAUCAAGGCGACCGAUCUGAAGAAUAUCCAGGAUAUCACUCGCGAUCUCAAGCCGGAGGACUUCAAGCCGUACACCGAGGAGGAGAAGGCGCGUCUUUCCGAGGAGUAUUCGGAGGCUCAGAUCGCCGCUAUCGAGGCUGGUGAGUCUGCGAUCGACCCGAAGGACCUGGCAGAGCAGUUUGCAAUCCGAAGGGAUCCUAUGAAGCUCCAAUAUCUGGACGACUUCUCAACAAUCGAGCCGGUGGUCGACAAGCACGUCCGGGCACCCGAGUCCAACUCCGACUACAACGCGGAACUCAAGGAUGAUGAUGACUUCGCCGCCGAUUUUGCUCGCUUCUUCGCAGAGAUGCCUGAAAAUGCAACCGCGGCUGACUGGGUCCGUUUCGCGGAGACCCUGCGCUUGACCAAGGGCAAGGAGGAGAAUGAGCUCAACCCACACACUGCGCUGGUGCCGCCGCUGUUCAAGGAGGGAGAGUCUCUGACUCAAGACCCCAGGCCCCAGAAUGCCGUCAAGGAGGGCGAACAGAAAGGAAAGGAGUCGGAGGAAAUGACGGAUGCGUUGAAGCGCCUACUCCAGGCCACUGGUUACACUCCCGACAUGAUCCGGUCUUUGAAGCUGAAGACUCUGGUUUCGCACGCAGUCGUCAACCAGACACGUCUGGGUAAGGUCCGCAGACAGUACUGUCUGUCAAUUGCCGGUAACGGCAAUGGUCUCCUCGGUAUUGGAGAGGCCAAGUCCGAAGAGUCGGGCGAUGCGAUGACACAAUCCAAGUACCGAGCCAUCAGAAACAUGCAGCCGAUCCAACGUUAUGAGAACCGUACUAUCUUCGGUGAUGUCCGAGGAAAGGUUGGAGCUGUCGAGCUGCUAUUGAUGAACCGUCCUCCAGGUUUUGGUCUCCGCUGUCAGCACUUGAUCUUCGAAAUGUGCCGAGCCGCCGGUAUUCAUGAUCUGGCUGCACGAGUCACCCGCUCGAGGAACCCCAUGAACACGGUGAAGGCCGCCUACGAGGCCUUGAUGAGCCAGCGGAACCCAGAGGACGUUGCCCGCGCCAGGGGCAAGAAGCUGGUCGAUGUGCGGAAGGUCUACUACGCCGGCAGGGUCUAAAUGUACCCUCAUUCCUCUCUAUCCCUUGUCCUUGACAGGCUGGCGGGUUGCUUGAGCCACUUCUAUAUAACGAGCCACUGUUUUGAUAUGGAUUAGGCUUUAUUUUUUUCUUUGGCCGCCUUUCUAUCUGGCAUGCUUAGAUGGGCUGUACGAGUAUGGGCACGAUACACAAAGCGCAGGCACGGAGUCAGAGAAGAUGCUGUCAUUUCAUUUUCCAACCGUCUUUUUUCUGCCCGGUGCUGUACGUAAUUCCAUUUUUUGAUUUCAUAUUCACAUGUACUUGUAACUGCAUAGGAUCAUCCCCUUUAUCCAAAAAGACUACGAAGGAAAAAUAGAUAUCCAUUGAAGCUAGAUUACGCUAAGUGUCUUCA